ACAGGUCACAAGUGCGUUAAAAUAACUCGAAUAAAAUUAUUUUAUAAAUAACUAAAUAUUAACAAACGAAUAUAAUACGACGUGAAUAUAAAAUUCUCUGACGGCUGAGAAUGAUAUUUAUAAUGAGAUAAAAAAUAUCUGUGCUUAUAAUAAUAAAUAAAUGAAAUAGUGUUUAAUGUUAAAUUGUUUUCAUCUUUUGUGAUAUUAUACGAAAUGGAUGUAAAAACUGUUCAAGAACAGCCUAAAGAUGAAAUCGAUACAAAAGAUCAAAUGCAAAUUUUGGAGGAAGCUCUAACACUUUGUAAAUUCGGAAAAUUCCACUUACGACUGUUAGCUGCGACGCUAUGCGCAGCUGUGGCUUUAAUGACAGUUACGACAACAACUUCGUACAUUCUACCAAUCGCCGAAUGCGAUUUAAACAUGAAUAUACUGCACAAAGGAAUACUAAACGGGAUGCCAUUUUUUGGCCAAAUAGGAGCAAGUCUUUUCGCAGGAUUUUUAAUAGACUCAUUUGGAAGAAAAAUAUUCCUAGUAGGCGGUAACGCCAUUAUAUUUGUAUGUACAAUCAUUGAAGGCUCAAGUCAAAACUACACAAUGCUCUUAAUGACGAAACUUUUAGAAGGAAUCGCAUUAAGUUUGUGCUUCAGCGCCACAUCCUCAUAUUUAACUGAAUUAUGUCAUUUAAACGUGAGAGAUAGAUUGCUCAUAAUGUACUCUGGAUUUAUAUCUGUUGCUCUGAUAAUUGCCGCUCUCUUAGCCUGGGCGAUAUUACCGUUAGAAUUUAAUUAUUCACUAUUGGAAGGAUAUUUUCAAUUACAUUCGUGGAAUUUGUUUUUGUAUGUAUGUUCCGUUUGGAGUUUGUUUGCUUUUAUCUUAUACUUGUCACUACCAGAAACUCCUAAAUAUCUCUUGUCACACGGCCGAGAAAAGGAAGCUUUGGAGGUUCUCAAAGGAAUAUACAGUGAGAAUAGUGGAAACAACAAAGACACAUAUCCGGUGACGUCAUUAAAUAUAUCUGGAACAAUAAAACCAACAAAAGAUAUCAGCCUCAAAAAACAAAUAGUAACUAGCCUAUUUGAAGUGAAGGAGCUGUUCCGGAAACCACUAGUCUUUAAGCUAAUCCUUUUUUCUUUAGUUACGUUUGCAUGUUUAAUUGUGUUUACUUCAUUGAGACUUUGGUAUCCACAACUAUCAACGAUUAUUGAAAACUAUGGCAAAGAUAAUGGAAAUUCAGCUAGAUUUUGUGUGAUGAUAAAUGACUACAUGGAUAAUCUAAAACCUGUUAUUACAAAUGCAACGGAAACACUCGAGUGUGUCCCGAAACUAAGUGGAAGUGAAACUUACAUGAAUGGAAUUAUUUUGGGAAUCGCCGCCGUAAUUAGCGUCGGAAUCAGUGGACUUCUUGUGGAUUAUAUUGGACAAAAAGUUUUGAUGUUUAUUAUUUUAAUUCUAAGCUCGAUUUGUUCAACUGUACUAUAUUGGACAAAUGCACCAUUACAAAUAGCUGUAUUGAUAUCUUGUUCUGUAUCUUUGCUGCAGGCCGCAUUAUGUCUACAGCAAAACCUUUUUGUUCGUUUUUUCCCUACAAAUUUAAGAGCCCUUGCAGUGUCGAUUAUAAUAAUGAUUGGACGUAUGGGGUCAUUGACCGGUAAUAUAAUUUUUCCAAUUUUAUUGAACGUGGGAUGUAUGGCACCAUUUAUAUUGGCAUCUGUUGUACCUUUAGGUAUAGCAAUCCUCGUUUAUUUUUUACCAAACGUAAGCAAGGACAACAAAAAAACUGGAGAUAAGUGAUUGAAAAUGAAUAUAAUUAUUAUGUAUUAAUUUAUUAUAAUUAUUUGCGAGUACGUUUUUGUUUUUUAUCAGUAGAAUAAUUAUAAUGCUGACAAA